UUCCAUGAAUUGCAGAUCACUGCAGGAUGAAACACUUUUGAGACCUUAAGUGGCGUAUACGCAUAAUACUCUAAAGGCUGACUACUUAUUCACAAGAGAAAGCUAUAGACCGCAGAAAUAUUUAGUCGACAUAGAUGACUUGCUUGAUGAAAAAAUUGCUUGAUUGUGCCGGAUUUUGUCUCUCUCUGUCUGUGUCUUAGGUCGGUCAAUGAUGCUGUCUGCUGUGCCAUUAGUCUUUCUCCUCAUUCCUUUCCUGCAGAAAGGAGCACUUGGUUUCAAGGCGAUUUCUGUGUUUGAAAGUGGCUCAAAAAAUCACCAACAAAUCACAGUUGAAGCAAUCUUGGAGACCACUCUACAGGUCUGCAGAGAUGUGGCCAUCGCUGAGGGACGAGACUUUUCAUCAGCGCCCAGACCCUUGACUACUGAGGGUGUUGCUCUGGCCUGCCAGUCCUCAGGGUCUGAGAGUUUCUCCAGAGCCCAAGGAGACUUAAAAUGGAGCAACACAUUUGUGGACGCCCGGAAGCUGUUUAGUCCCAGUUAUCACUUUGACAGCGAAACUUUCCAGGAGGGACGUAAACUUAUUACUGAUGGCAUGUCAGUGGUCAAAAAGAGUAUCGACCAAGGAAACUUACAGGCAGCAAGAGAGAAGCUGGGAGAAAUCUCACACACUUUGCAGGAUUUCUACAGCCACAGUAAUUGGAUUGAAUUAGGGAACAAACUUCCCCAUCCCAGUCUUAUCAGAUCAGACAUUUCCAUUGGCCCAGUUGCAGAUAGCAGCACACCCACCUGUAGGAGCUGUGUUGAUGAUGACUGUCGGAACAACAUUCUGGACAACAUUUUUAGAGACAAGAUACUAACCUCAGGAUAUUUCAGCUUUUUACCAUUCAAACCCGAAGGGAAGUGCAGCCAUGGAGACUUAUUGGACACAGCCAGUUUGAUUGAGCCAACGGGAGGCAUUAACAAGGACGACCUUGACGCAAGGCACGGGUUUUUACACCUGACUGCUGCGGACAUGGCGAUGGCCGCCACCAGAGAACUCCUGGAGGACAUCCGAGGUGCUGCUGGAGACAGAAACUUCCUGCAGAUGAUUGGGAUUUCCAAUGGAACCAAGGCUCUAUGUUUAGUGAUCGACACCACAGGCAGCAUGUCUGAUGACAUUGCUGAGGUGAAGAGGGUGUCUUCCCUCAUUGUUGACAGCAGGAGAGGAACAAAAGCUGAGCCCUCACUCUACAUCCUGGUCCCCUUCAACGAUCCAGAAUUUGGGCCACUAAUGAGGACAACAGAUCCAGACUACUUCAAGACCCAGAUCAAUAGUCUUACUGCUUCAGGUGGUGGAGAUUUUCCUGAGAUGAGUCUGUCAGGACUCCAGCUGGCGCUAACGGGUGCUCCUCCAUCCUCUGAGAUCUUUCUCUUUACUGAUGCCACGGCCAAAGAUACUUACCUGGCAGGCACGGUGCUUGCACUGAUAGAGCGCAGCAAGUCAGUGGUGAAUUUAUUGUUGACUGGGAGCCUCGCGUCCAGAAGGAGAAGAAGCAGCGGAAGUAUUGACCAAGGGCAGACCAUGCAAAUGAGAUCGGUGGACAUCCAGCUGUACAAGGACUUGGCCCAAGCCUCCGGGGGACAGGCCAUCCAGGUCACUAAGACCCAGCUGCCCGAGGCGACCAGCCUGAUCUUGCAGUCCACCAGCUCCAACCUGGUGACUCUUCUGCAGGCUGUGAGGAGCCCUGGAAAACCAGAUAACUUCUCCUUUGUUGUGGACGUGUCUGUGACAAACGUGACCGUCUACAUUGUUGGCUCCGCCCCCUCUUUUACUCUUAUUAAUCCUGCAGGUGUGUCACAGAGUAACCUUGACAUCAAUGGUACGCUGGCAUCGUUCCAAAGUGUGGGGACAUUUCAAACAUUGCUGCUGAAUAAAAAAGUGGGGCUCUGGGAAAUCAGAAUUGACUCUGCGCAGCCCUACACUCUAAAGGUUGUAGGUCAGAGCACUCUCAAUUUUCUGUUUAAACUUGUGGAGGUUGCCGAAGGCUCAAGUCUGGCAAUUUUAAACACCCGUCCAGCAUCUGGCAGCAACGCCACCCUGGUGGUCACGGUAACAGGCAGCGACUCUGCGGAGGUGACAGAGGUAGUAUUGGUAGAGUCCUCAGGGACGCAAGAGAUCAAAGGCGGCGUGCAGCCAAUGGGGGGCGGAGAUUUCCUGGUGACGAUGGGUAAACUACCCGCCGGCGACUUUUUAGUGCGUCUUAGUGGAGUAGACAGCAGCAGCAGAAUCCGGGCAGCACCAAUCAGCUUCCAGAGACAGUCCUCCACUCGUGUCAGGACCUCCAGUUUCAUGGUUACGGCUGUAUCUGAUGGUGUCUUUGAGCCAGGAUCCUCCCCUGUAGUCCCAUUCACAGUGUCAACCAAUGGCACGGGAGGAGACUUUGUUAUCCAAGCCACCAACAACCAGGGGUUCAGAUCAUCCUCUCCGCCCAGCCUGUUUGUGGAGACUGGGGGAAGCGCUAACGGAACUGUCACCCUCACAGUGCCCGCCGACACGCCCUCCGGCAGUGACGUCACCCUGACCAUUGAAGCUCAGGCCCCAGGGACGGUUGACACCAAUUAUGCCGUGCUGCGCCUCUCUAUCACACGCCAGGCGACAGACGUGACUCGCCCUGUCUGCCAGAUCGUCAGCGUAACGGCCAACUGUUCCGCCAACUGCAGCCUGUCCACGUGGCAGCUCUCUGCCAACCUCUCCGACGGUAACGGGACGGGCAUCCAGCGGAUCAGCCUGCGCCAGGGUGACGGCACCCUCAACACCACUAGGGUGUUGGAACCUGGGGGUGAAAACGUCACCCUGGCACUUUACAGUGCCUCCUGCUGCUCUCCAGAUGUAGAGCUGGUGGCUGUGGAUGGUGAGGGGAAUGUGGGCACGUGUUUCCAGUCCAUCAGGGUUGCGACGACAACAAUGGAUACCACCAGCCAAGCACCUAACACCACUGUCUUUCCCCCUCUGCCUAUGACCAAUGCUAUAACGGUUCCUGUAAGCAAUCCCACCAGCAGUGGGAAUGCUUUAGAUGUGUUUGCUUCAAUCUAUUUUACUGUUCCUCUUGUAAUCCUGAAGCUUGGCAUUUAGCUAGUUGGUGGAACACAUUGUUCUAUUGCGAGUAUCACAACAGUAUGUCUGUAUGUAGAAGUUAUGAUUACUAUCGAGUAAUUAUUCUAUGGUGGAUUCUAUAUUAUUAUUAGAUCAAGGGGCCAAUUAUUAUCAUUAUUUGGUAUCCAUACAAUCAUCAUCUUCUGUUUAUCCAGGGUCGGGUCAGGUGUGUGUAAUUUAAAUAAAUUAAAAUUAUGUCUUAA